GUUGUGAACGCAUAUUAUAAUGCAUUGGAGAAUAGCAUAGAAUUCCCGGCUGGUAUAUUACAAGGCUCAUUCUUCAGUAGAGAUAAGCCCAAUUACCUAAAUUUUGGUGGUAUUGGGUUUGUGAUUGGACACGAGAUUACUCAUGGAUUUGAUGACAGAGGCCGUCAGUUUGACAAAGACGGGAAUAACAAGAAUUGGUGGGACUCUAAGACUGACAGUAACUUCAAAGAGAGGGCCAAUUGUAUUAUUGAACAGUACGGCAACUAUACUGUACCCGAAAACUCAUUGCAGAUAAACGGAGUGAACACUCAGGGAGAAAAUAUCGCCGACAACGGAGGCAUUAAAGAGGCUUUUAGAGCAUACCAGGAGUGGGUGAAGGAUAACGGCGCCGAGAAACCACUGCCGGGUCUCAACUAUACACCGCAACAACUGUUUUGGAUCAGCGCCGCCAACGUCUGGUGCGGUAAAUACAGACCCGAGGUAUUGAAGUUGAGGGUUCAGGUGGGCUCACAUAGUCCAGCACAAUUCCGUGUGGUUGGACCGGUCUCUAAUUUGCCAGAGUUUGCACAGACGUUCAACUGCAAAGUGAAUUCACCAAUGAACCCAAAGCACAAAUGCUCGGUGUGGUAAUUACUAAUCAUUGGUUUAACACGAU